GCCGUUAUCACACACUGUUUCACUAUAGUCGUCUAACAACAAAUAUAAAAACGAUUCGUUUGCUUUAAAUUAGUAUAAUAUCCGCAAUUUAGCUUUAGAUUUUGUGAGAUUUGGUGUCAUUAAACGGCUUUGCUUAACCAGAUACGAUUAAUCUGGCUAAGAUUGGACAACAAAGGUUGCUCGCUGUUAGCAUGCUAACGGCUAAGAGCUAGCUGCCUUGCCGAGCUUUUAGCUAAUAUUUACAUUUAAAUGUGGUUCAGUUGUUGGUGAUAUAGUUUACAGUUUAAGCGCAUUUAUUGCCUACGUUUUUAUUAAUUAAUUUAUUUUUUUAUCGUCCGUUAUGCUGCAGUAAUAAUAGAGACUUCAUGGAGAAAGAUAUAAAGACCGAGCCUUCCCCGGCGCCCAUCGGAGGGGUUACGGUGGGAAAUCUGGUAGCACAGAGCAGGUCAGAAGAUGAGCUGACAAGCGUAAAGGACCUAAAGAGACCAGCACCACAGGCCUUCAGUGGAGGGGGUCUCGUUCCAAAGAGAAGAAGCUCUUCCAGGUCAAUAAAGAGGAAGAAGUUUGAUGAUGAGCUGGUUGAGAGCAGCCUGGUUAAGUCCUCCACCAGAGUUAAAGGCCCACCUGGCAUGGAGCCUGUCCGAUGCCCUGGCACCGACCCAUCGUCUAGUGAGAAAAGAAAGGUUUCCAAAUCCAGCUCAUCUUUGACUCCCCCACUCACCAUGAUGCUCACGCCAUCACCGAUCACUAAACGAAUGAAGAAGAGCAAACAGCCGCUUCAGAUCACUAAAGACCUCGGACGCUGGAAACCCUCGGACGACCUGCUGCUCAUUAACGCCGUGCUACAGACUUCAGAUCUAACAGCGGUUCACCUGGGAGUGAAGUUCAGUUGUCGUUUCACGCUGAGGGAGAUUCAGGAACGCUGGUACGCGCUGCUUUACGACCCGGUCAUAUCCAAGUUGGCAUGGCAGGCCAUGAGGCAGCUUCACCCAGAGGCCAUCGCUGCCAUUCAGAGUAAAGCUCUGUUCAGCCAGGCUGAGGAGGCUCUGCUCUCCAAGAUCAGCUCCAACAGUCAGCCGAAGCUGGAGGUGUUCCAGGACUUGUUGAAUAAGCACCCGAGUGUGUUCUAUACCUCUCGCACCGCCAAGAGUUUACUGAUCCACUGGCAGCUCCUCAAACAGUACUACCUACUGGACGAUCAGAGUGUCCAGCCUCUGCCCAAAGCAGACCAGGUUCUCAACUUCUCUGAUGCAGAGCAGAUGGUGGACGAUGCCAAGCUGAAGGACAGCAGAGACGAGGUUCUGGAGCAUGAGUUAAUGGUUGCAGAUCGGCACCAGAAGAGGGAGAUCAGGCAGUUGGAGCAGGAGCUUCCGCGCUGGCAGGUCUUAGUGGACAGCAUCACUGGUAUGAACUCGCCAGAUUUUGAUAAUCAGACACUGGCAGCAUUGCGAGGACGCAUGGUCCGAUACCUCAUGAGGUCUAGAGAGAUCACUCUCGGCCGGGCCACCAAGGACAAGCAGAUAGACGUGGAUCUGUCUUUAGAGGGACCGGCGUGGAAAAUCUCCAGACAGCAGGGGAUCAUUAAGCUGAAGAACAACGGGGAAUUCUUUAUCGUAAACGAGGGACGCAGACCCAUCUACAUCGAUGGCAGACCUGUACUGACCGGCAACAAGUGGAAGCUCAAUAAUAAUUCUGUGUUAGAGAUUGCUGGUCUUCGUUUUGUGUUCCUCAUCAACCAGGAGCUGAUCUCUCUGAUCAAAGCAGAAACGGCCAAGAUGAACCAGCAGUGAUGUGCACAUCUGGAAACAGGAGAGAUCAGUCAGCUCAGGACUCGCGCACUGCCAGAGACGUGGACUUUGCAGGAGUCUCUGGCACCUGAGCAGAGAGCAGAUUUCAUCCACAGUGAAUGCAUUCGUACCAACAGCCCAGAGAUGUCUGAUGAAUAUCUGAUUGCCAUGAUCGUUUUUUUGAAGGGUGGUCCUAAUGUUUUGGCUCAUCAGUGUAUUACAGAAUCAAUACCUGAUGUACAGCAAACUUCUUUGGUAACCUUUAACAUUAUUUUCACUGUUUGGUCGAUGCUGAAAUAAGCUUGGAUGUUAUUUUUCAUUGAUGGCUUUGUGUAACAGGCUGUUAGGUUUGUAUAUGUGAGGCUGCAGCUACACCUCCACCUCCACGUGUCUUUAUUUACUGUAAAUAAAUGUAAGAAUUUAAUAAAUUCAGUCGGAUGUUCGAG